AUGAGUCCUGAUCAGUCAUACGUCCAAAUAGACAAAGCCAUCCAAACCCUUACGAAAGAGCUUAAACUUUGCCCCAAUCGAGUUUGGGCCAUAACCCGGAGCCUUCCCGGUAGGGAGAACAAUCUUCCUCGUUUGAUACCUCCCAGCACGAAUAUCGAAAAUAUAGUGCCCCAUCUAGGCCACGAGAAGUGCACGUUUGAUUUCUGUGAAUAUUCGCGAUUGAACUUCACCUCUCGAGAACAGCGCCACGAGUGCGGGAAACAUUCAAACAAUCCUGAGGAGCAAUGCGGUCGCUCCCAUGGCUUGUUUUUACCCACUAAGUUAGAUGAAGCUGUGAAUGCAGGAAAAACAACUGUGUGGCAAUUAGAUGGAUCAUCAAUCCUCGAACGUCCCGAGCCAUUUAUGGCGAUCUCCCAUGUCUGGUCAGACGGAACUGGAACUGGACCUUCCUCUCAAGAAGGGGUUAAUGAGUGCCUGUAUAAUUUCUUCAGUAGCAUUGCUGAACAAUUUCAAUGCAAAGGAAUCCGGUGGGACACAAUCUCCAUUCCGAAGGAUAAGGCUGCGCGUAAUAAAGCUAUCAAUCAGAUCCAAAGCAAUUACGAGGACGCUCGGAUCACAUUGGUUCAUGACUGCUAUCUCCGAGACUGUGAAUGGAUAGAUGCUGAGACUGCAUGCUUUGCCAUCAUUAUGUCACCGUGGUUUAGCCGAGGCUGGACGGCACUAGAGCUAGCCAGGUCGCAGAAAGUCAAAGUGAUGUUCAAACAUUCUAUUAUCAAGGACCUCGACGAAGAUAUCCUCGAAACCAACAGUGGAACCGACAACUGUCUCGCGAAGAUACCGAUCCGCAACCUAAGAAAGAGGGAGCCACUCUCGGUCAAUGAGCUUUUAACAGUUCUAGGCUCACGUUAUACUUCUUGGCCUAGAGAUAUAGCUACCAUUGCGGCUCUCCUGACUGGCAUCAACGUAAUCGAGGAUGAAUCACAGCAAGAUACCUAUCAGCGUGUGUUGAAGACGAUUGGGCAACUGCACCACGGACAUCUCUUCCAUAAUUCAGCCACAAUGCCGAAAGGUUUUAGCUGGUGUCCCACUUCUUUAGUCGAUAUGGUGCCUUCUUCAGGCACUUCCAUGUUAAAGGUUACCAAAGGUGGAGGCGUUUCCGGAAGGUGGAGAGUGAUUCGCGACAGUUCUCUGUUUGGGAAAGACGAACGAUACAUAUGGAAGGAUACCCAUCCGUUGGUAGAAGUAAAGUUGCGUUCUGGCUUGGAAAGAGGUCAGCAGGAGCCAGGCACGCAUUUGCUUCUAUGUGAACCUGACGUAAACUCAAUCGCCAGAGCGUUGCUUGUUAAAAAAAGCCCAGCUUCCAUCAGUUGUCAGUAUGUUGGUGCUGUCUACUUUCACCCGCCGUUGGAUGAGAAACCAGAUACAGAGGAGCUCAGUAUAGGUGAUGAGGAAGGGGUGGCGGGUAGUGAAACUGAGGAGACCUAUUCUGACAACCGAAAAUCAAGCACGUUGAUAGAAGAUAAAGAAGUACAGCUGCUGCUAGCGGCCGUGAGCGGAGACGAGGCUGAGGUGGAUCGCCUGCUACGAGAAGGGGCUAAUUCUGACUUUCGAGACAGACAUACAUGGACAGCAUUACACUAUGCAACCUGGAGGGGUCACUGCCGUGUAGUCCAGAUACUUCUUGGAAGAGGAGCUGACAGUAUUCUGGAGGAUAGACUUGGACAGCAAGCGCUACAUCUUGCAUGCGAGAGAGGAAACGAGAAAAUUGUCAAGCUAUUGCUCCAGGGGGCCAAUCUUAACGCCCAAUGCAAAUAUGACAAGCAGACAGCGCUGCAUCGUGCAGUCUGGGGAGGCUGCAAAGCAGUUGUUCUCUUGUUGUUGGAUAAAUUUGAACUGGGCAUUGUAGACAAGAACAAGAGGACAGCAUUACAUAUAGCAGCUGCGAACGGACAUACCUCCAUCGCUAAACUGUUACUGAGAAAAGCUGGACCCAACAUUAGCGAUCCAAUGAGACAGAUAGGAGCGCUGGAUGCUAAUGCUCUAGACGGGAACAAAAUAGCAGUGUUACAUAGGGCAGCCCAAAAGGGUCGCUGUGCCGAGGUGAAGCAACUGCUCGAGAAUGGCUCUGAGCUGGAGUCCGCCGACGAAUACAAUCAGACUGCACUAUUAUUUGCUUCGGAGAACGGGCAUAAGGAAGUAGUGGAGCUACUUCUCGACUAUGGUGCAAUAACCGAGCCCAAGGAUACGUAUUUUGGUCAGACACCGCUGUCGUGGGCAGCAGAGAACGGACAUGAGUCGGUUGUGAAGGUGCUAAUUGAGAAAAGAGCUGAUCUGGAGUCUAAGGAUAAAUAUCAUCGAACACCGCUGUGGUAUGCCGCAAAGAAUGGGCAUGAGGCGGUGGUUAAGUUAUUGCUUGAGAAGGGCGCUACGUUAGAGUUUGAGGAUAAGUGCUUUGGUCAGACGCCAUUGUCUUGGGCAGUAGAGAAGGGGCAUGAUGCGGUUGUGAGAUUGCUGCUCGAGAAGGGCGCCAAGCUAGAGUCCAAGGACAAACAUAGUCGGACACCACUAUCAUGGGGUGCAGAGAACGGCCAUAAGGCAGCCGUGAGACUGCUGCUCGAGAAAGGCGCCAAGCUAGAGUCCAGGGACAAACAUAGCCGGACACCACUGUCAUGGGCAGCAGGGAAUGGUCAUGAAGAGAUGGCGAGUCUGCUUCUUGAGGCUGGCGCUGAGCUGGAGUCCAAGGACAAAUAUGGUCGGACACCGCUAUCAUGGGCCGCAGGGAAUGGACAUGAGGGGGUGGUGAAAUUUCUGCUCAAGAAGGGUGCUAAUUUGGAGUCCAAGGACAAACAUGGUCAGACACCGCUGUCAUGGGUUGCAGAGAAUGGUUAUAAAGGGAUGGUAAGUCUGCUACUUGAGAAGGGUGCUAAGCUGGGGUCCAUGGCCAAAGACUAUUGGACACCACUCUCAUGUGCAGCACAGAAUGGGCAUGAAGCCCUUGUGAAGCUGCUACUUAAGAAAGGUGCUGAGCUGGAGUCCAAGGAUAAAUAUAGUCAGAUUCCACUGCUAUUUGCCGCAGGGAAUGGUCAUGAGGCAGCUGUGAGUCUAUUGCUUGAGAAGGGCGCUGAGCUAGAGUCCAAGGACAAACAUGGUCAGACACCACUAUCAUGGGCCGCAGGGAAUGGCCAUAAAGGGCUGGUAAAGUUUCUGCUUAAAAAGGGUGCCAAUUUGGAGUCCAAGGACAAAGAGAGUCGGACACCGCUAUUAUUUGCUGCAGGAAAUAGCCAUAAGGCAGCGGUGAGUCUGUUGCUUGAGAAGGGUGCUGAGCUAGAGUCCAAGGACAAGGAUAAUCGGACACCGCUGUUAUGGGCCGCAGCGAAAGGAGACAAAGAAAUGGUGAAUUUUCUGCUCAAGAAGGGUGCUGAUUUGGAAUCCAAGGACAACUAUAGUCAGACUUCGCUGUCAUAUGCCGCAGAGAAUGGUCAUGAGGCAGUGGUAAGUCUAUUGCUCGAGAAGGGCGCUGAGCUAGAGUCCAAGGACAAGGAUAAUCGGACACCGCUGUCAUGGGCCGCAGGAAACGGUCAUGAAGGGAUGGUCAGGCUACUUCUUGAAAAGGGUGCCAACCCGAAGUUCGAGGGCCAAAAUGGCAUGUCUCCAUUAUUUUGGGCUGCAGCGCGUGGUCAGAAGGCAGUGGUGAAGCUACUACUCGAGAAGAGCUCCGAUCUGUUGGCUAACGAUCAAUAUUUGCUGUCAUGUGCUGCACGGCCCGGUCAGAAGGCAAUGGUGAUGCCACUGCUCGAGAAGGAUGUCAACUUAGACCUGGAAAGUAGCUACGGGAGCCUGUUGCAUGACGCAGCAACGGAGGGGCAUGUAGUAGCGGUGAAGUUAUUGCUUGAGAAGGGUGCUCACCCGGACUCUAUCUACACACCUAUUGACCUGGAAGCUACGCGGAGAUACUAUUGGACACCGCUAGGACUAGCGGCACGGGGUGGGCACGAGGCGGUUGUCAAGAUCCUGCUGGAGAAGGGUGCUAAACCUGACCCGGAGUCUGAUCGACGUAUAGACUUUAGAACACCCCUAUUUGAGGCGGCAAGUCGCGGGCAUGAGUCAGUAGUAAAUCUUUUGCUUGAGAAAGGGGCCAGUCCGGAUUCAAGAGACAACUAUUCUAAAUUAACAGCGCUGUCGCUGGCAGUAGAGAAAGGCCAUGAGGCAGCCGUGAGACUGUUGCUUGAGAAGGGCGCUAAGCUGGAAUCCAAGGACAAAUAUGGUCAGACACCGCUGUCAACAGCCGCAGCGAAAGGACAUGAAGGGGUGGUGAAGUUUCUGCUUAAGAAGGGUGCUGAUUUGGAAUUCAAGGACGAAUAUGGUCAGACACCGCUGUCAACGGCCGCAGCGAAAGGACAUGAAGGGGUGGUGAAGUUUCUGCUUAAGAAGGGUGCUGAUUUGGAAUCCAAGGACAAAUAUGGUCAGACACCGCUGUCAACGGCCGCAGCGAAAGGACAUGAAGGGGUGGUGAAGCUACUGCUUGAGAAAGGUGCCAACCCAGGCCCGAAAUUCUUGUACGAGAGUGAAAAACUGCUGGAGGAAGCAGCAUGGAACGGGCAUAGGGCUGUGGUGACACUAUUGCUUGAAAAGGGCGCUAAGCUGGAGGCCAACAAACAGUAUUAUUCACUUUCAUCAAACUGUUUGUUGUCAUCUGCUGCAGAGAUAGGGCAUGAAGGAAUGGUGGAGCUACUGCUAGAAAAAGGCGCCAAGCUGGAGUCCAAGGACAGCCAUAGUCGGACACCGCUAUCAUGGGCCGCAGGGAAUGGAUAUGAAGGGGUGGUGAAGUUUCUGCUUAAGAAGGGUGCUGAUUUGGAAUCCAAGGAUAAAUAUGGUCAGACUCCGCUAUCAUUUGCCGCAGGGAAUGGUCAUGAGGCAGCCGUGAGUCUAUUGCUAGAAAACGGUGCCAAGCUGGAGUCCAAGGGCAAAUAUGGUCGGACACCGCUGUCAUGGGCAGCAGGGAAUGGACAUAAAGGGGUGGUGAAGUUUCUGCUCAAGAAGGGUGCUUGUUUGGAAUCCAAGAACAAACAUGGUCAGACUCCGCUAUUUUGGGCAGCAGGGAGAGGGCAUGAAGGGGUGGUAAAGUUUCUGCUCAAGAACGGUGCUGAAGUAGAGUCCAAGGACGAAGAUAGUCAGACUCCACUGUCAUGUGCAGCAGGGAAUGGUCACGAAGAGAUAGCGAGUCUGCUUCUUGAGGCGGGCGCUGAGCUGGAGUCCAAGGACAAAUAUGGUCGGUCACCGCUGUCUUGGGCCGCAGGGAAUGGACAUGAAGGGUUGGUGAAGUUUCUGCUCAAAAAGGGUGCUAAUUUGGAAUCCAAGAAUAAACAUGGUCAGACUCCGCUAUUAUGGGCCGCAGCGAAAGGGCAUGAAGGGGUGGUAAAGUUUCUGCUUAAAAAGGACGCUGAUUUGGAGUCCAAGGACAAAGAUAGUCGGACUCCGCUGUCAUGGGCCGCAGAGAACGGUUGUGAAGCCGUGAUGACACUAUUACUUGAGAAAGACGUCAAGUUGGAGGCCAACGAACAGUAUUUGUUGUCAUAUGCUGUAAAGAUGGGGCAUGAAGGAAUGGUGAAGCUACUGCUAGAAAAGGGUGCCAACCCAGACCUGGAAGCGGACAUGGUUAAGAAAAGGCCUGUGGCAUCAAAAGGCAUCCCCGUCCCGCUAAGGGUAAAACAUGGCUGGGAGUAG